AUGGGGGCCGCCAUGGAAGCCGGAAACCCGGGGAGAGAGAUCACCGAGAGCGGACUGGGGGCCCUGGACAGGCGGGUGAGGGGCCCUGGGGGGCAUGGGGGGCCCUGUGGGGGGCAUUAUAGCAUGUAUAUGGUGAGGUUCCCACAUGUUCCAUGGGGGCAUGGGGCACCGUUGGGGGCAUUAUAACAUUUAUGGUGAGAGUUCUCACAUGUUCCAUGGGGGGCAUGGGGGCACCGUGGGGGGGCAUUAUAACAUUUAUGGUGAGAGUUCUCACAUGUGCCAUGGGGGCAUGGGGCACCGUUGGGGGGCAUUAUAGCAUUUAUGGUGAGGUUCUCAUGUUCCAUGGGGCAUGGGGGCACGUUGGGGGGCAUUAUAACAUUUAUGGUGAGAGUUCUCACAUGUUCCAUGGGGCAUGGGGCACUGAGGCAUUAUAACAUUUAUGGUGAGAGUUCUCACAUGUGCCAUGGGGGGGGGCAUUAUAACAUUCUUGGAUAGUCUCAUUGCGGUCAGCAGCUUUUACUUCUCAAUACUCCGCUCAUUAAAGAACAUUGUAUCCCUUAUUCUCUCUCUGCUUCGGCUAGGAAUGGGUUUACCAUAUGAACCUGCAAUGCCGGGGGUUACAUUCCCCCUUAGGGGUCUGGACCCAAAUAUCAGACCAUUCAGAAUACAAUGACCCCUAAUCACCCCUCUAUUACAUGAAGAAAAAUCAUCUAUAGUAUAUGUACCAGAAACCUGUAUAUCUAAUAAUAUAUCUCAUAGCUUUAUAUAGAGAGUAAUAAUAAUAAUAAUAAUAAUAAUAUAUCUCAUAGCUUUAUAUAGAGAGUAAUAAUAAUAAUAAUAAUAAUAAUAAUAUCUCAUAGCUUUAUAUAGAGAGAGUAAUAAUAAUAAUAAUAAUAAUAAUAUAUCUCAUAGCUUUAUAUAGAGAGUAAUAAUAAUAAUAAUAAUAAUAAUAUCUCAUAGCUUUAUAUAGAGAGAGUAAUAAUAAUAAUAAUAUAUCUCAUAGCUUUAUAUAGAGAGUAAUAAUAAUAAUAAUAAUAAUAAUAAUAAUAUAUCUCAUAGCUUUAUAUAGAGAGAGUAAUAAUAAUAAUAAUAAUAAUAUAUCUCAUAGCUUUAUAUAGAGAGAGUAAUAAUAUAUCUCAUAGCUUUAUAUAGAGAGUAAUAAUAAUAAUAAUAAUAUAUCUCAUAGCUUUAUAUAGAGAGUAGUAAUAAUAAUAAUAUAUCUCAUAGCUUUAUAUAUAGAGAGUAAUAAUAAUAAUAAUAAUAAUAAUAUAUCUCAUAGCUUUAUAUAGAGAGUAAUAAUAAUAAUAAUAUAUCUCAUAGCUUUAUAUAGAUUGUAAUAAUAAUAAUAAUAAUAUACCUCAUAGCUUUAUAUAGAGAGUAAUAAUAAUAAUAUAUCUCAUAGCUUUAUAUAGAGAGUAAUAAUAAUAAUAUAUCUCAUAGCUUUAUAUAGAGAGAGUAAUAAUAUAUCUCAUAGCUUUAUAUAGAUUGUAAUAAUAAUAAUAAUAAUAUAUCUCAUAGCUUUAUAUAGAGUAAUAAUAAUAACAUAUCCUCAUAGCCUUUAUACAGAUUGUACACACACACACAAUAUACCCCAUAGCUAUAUAGAGAGCACACACAAUAUAUCCUAUAGCUUUAUAUAGAGAGUAAUAAUAUAAUAAUAAUAAUAUAUCUCAUAGCUUUAUAUAGAGAGAGUAAUAAUAUAUCUCAUAGCUUUAUAUAGAGAGUAAUAAUAAUAAUAAUAAUAUAUCUCAUAGCUUUAUAUAGAGAGUAGUAAUAAUAAUAAUAUAUCUCAUAGCUUUAUAUAUAGAGAGUAAUAAUAAUAAUAAUAUAUCUCAUAGCUUUAUAUAGAGAGUAAUAAUAAUAAUAAUAAUAUAUCUCAUAGCUUUAUAUAGAUUGUAAUAAUAAUAAUAAUAAUAUACCUCAUAGCUUUAUAUAGAGAGUAAUAAUAAUAAUAUAUCUCAUAGCUUUAUAUAGAGAGUAAUAAUAAUAAUAAUAUAUCUCAUAGCUUUAUAUAGAGAGUAAUAAUAAUAAUAUAUCUCAUAGCUUUAUAUAGAGAGUAAUAAUAAUAAUAAUAAUAUAUCUCAUAGCUUUAUAUAGAGAGUAAUAAUAAUAAUAUAUCUCAUAGCUUUAUAUAGAGAGUAAUAAUAAUAAUAAUAAUAUAUCUCAUAGCUUUAUAUAGAGAGUAAUAAUAAUAUAUCUCAUAGCUUUAUAUAGAGAGUAAUAAUAAUAAUAAUAAUAAAUCUCAUAGCUUUAUAUAGAGAGUAAUAAUAAUUAUAUAUCUCAUAGCUUUAUAUAGAGAGUGUGUAAUAAUAUAUCUCAUAGCUUUAUAUAGAGAGAGUGUGUAAUAAUAAUAUAUCUUAUAGCUUUAUAUAGAGAGUGUGUAAUAAUAAUAUAUCUUAUAGCUUUAUAGAGAGAGUGUGUAAUAAUAAUAUAUCUUAUAGCUUUAUAGAGAGAGUGUGUAAUAAUAAUAUAUCUCAUAGCUUUAUAUAGAGAGUGUGUAAUAAUAAUAAUAUAUCUCAUAGCUUUAUAUAGAGAGUGUGUAAUAAUAAUAUAUCUUAUAGCUUUAUAUAGAGAGUAAUAAUAAUAAUAUAUCUCAUAGCUUUAUAUAGAGAGUAAUAAUAGUUAUAUAUCUCAUAGCUUUAUAUAUAGAGUAAUAAUAAUAAUAUAUCUCAUAGCUUUAUAUAGAGAGUAAUAAUAAUAAUAAUAAUAUAUCUCAUAGCUUUAUAUAGAGAGUAAUAAUAAUAAUAAUAUAUCUUAUAGCUUUAUAUAGAGAGUGUGUAAUAAUAUAUCUUAUAGCUUUAUAGAGAGAGAGUGUGUAAUAAUAUAUCUUAUAGCUUUAUAGAGAGAGUGUGUAAUAAUAAUAUAUCUCAUAGCUUUAUAUAGAGAGUAAUAAUAAUAAUAUAUCUCAUAGCUUUAUAUAGAGAGUGUGUAAUAAUAAUAUAUCUCAUAGCUUUAUAUAGAGAGUGUGUAAUAAUAAUAUAUCUUAUAGCUUUAUAUAGAGAGUAAUAAUAAUAAUAUAUCUCAUAGCUUUAUAUAGAGAGUAAUAAUAGUUAUAUAUCUCAUAGCUUUAUAUAGAGAGUAAUAAUAAUAAUAUAUCUCAUAGCUUUAUAUAGAGAGUAAUAAUAAUAAUAUAUCUCAUAGCUUUAUAUAGAGAGUAAUAAUAAUAAUAAUAAUAUAUCUCAUAGCUUUAUAUAGAGAGUAAUAAUAAUAAUAAUAUAUCUCAUAGCUUUAUAUAUAGAGUAAUAAUAAUAUAUCUCAUAGCUUUAUAUAGAGAGUAAUAAUAAUAUAUCUCAUAGCUUUAUAUAGAAAGAGUGUGUAAUAAUAAUAUAUUUCAUAGCUUUUUAUAUAUAUAGAGAGAGUGUAAUAAUAAUAAUAUAUCUCAUAGCUUUAUAUAGAAAGUGUGUAAUAAAAACAUCUCAUAGCUUUAUAUUGAGAGAGUAAUAACAAUGUAUCUCAUAGCUUUAUAGAGAGAGAGUGAAAUAAUAUAUGUCAUAGCUUUAUAUAGAGAUAGUGUGUAAUAAUAAUAAAUCUUAUAGCUUUAUAUAGAGAGAGUGUGUAAUAAUAAUAUAUCUCAUAGCUUUAUAGAGAGAGUGUGUGUAUUAGUAGACAAGGGGUGAACGUCACCUAAUAUUCCCCUUUAUAGUCACAUAUUUACCUCUUUCGACAUACAGCAGUCAUAUAAAUCAAUCUAUCUAUUAAUUAUUAUUGCUACUAUUAAAUCUCUAUAUUAUCUAUUAGUAUAGGUAUAUAUCUAUCAGUAACAUAAUAAAUGGGGGUUCAUAAUAAAUAUUACGGGAUCAGAAGACGAGGAGGGCGCUGUCCAAGCAAGCUGACGAUUUAUCUGCUGGUCUGUGUGUUUCUGUUCGUCUCUCAAUAAGAGAUCAUAAAAUGACAUAAUCAGAACUAGAAAUUAAUUUUACAGUCUGCAAUUCCAACAUCCAAAAUGAAGACGGGUUCGUUAGCUGAUGAACCCCCAAAUCACAAGUCGCACCAUACACAGGAGAGGCCCGAUCACAAGUCCCAAUCUGAUGGUGUGGCCGGAGGCCCUUUCAGAGCAAGGUAACCAUGAAAGUACUAUGUGCUUUAUUCCAACGCCAAAUAAAUAACAAAGUCAUAUUUACCGAUACAGCCAACUCUGAUUAUAGAUCAUUUGUGGAAACAAUUCCCCCUUCUACCCGCCAUCUGUUAUUUCAAUACCAGUAAGGUUUAUUUGCUAAUCUGGAUUUGUGAAGAAUUGCAGAUUUGAAACUAAAAUUGCUGAGCUAAAAAAAAAGCUGAACACUGAGAUUUUCCAAUUUUGGCUCUUUUUGAAUAAAAUUUACCGUUUUCCCCAAUUCACAGUUUAGUGAAUAAACAUCUUAGUUUACAAUUUGUGUUUUUUUUUUUUUUAAACUUUCUAUUAUUUUCGAUUUCAUUAGGUUUUAAUGGUGUAAUACGUUUUAGAUCCUCUCCCGCCCCCCUUGAUGAAAUCACUGCAAAACACUUAAGUGGGACAAUGUUUUCACUUUUUUUUAAUUUAUUUUUUAAAAUGUUUAGUGAAGAAAGUGCUUAUUUGUGUGUGCGAUAGUUAACUUUUAUUGCCCUAUUAGUGUAAGCAAUUCUUGGUUGGCUUACGUAUCUGGACAAAUUCCUGAUCUCUGAACCGGCUUUAAGUUUGCUGGAGUUGGGCCCUUUCCACUCUCACUCGAUCCCAGCUCAGUACCUUUAAUUGGGAAUUGUCACAGCAUUGAUUUACCUCUGAAAUUACCCCACGCUGGGCUUUAAAGUGCUUUCAGUUUCCACCUUACAAUUAUCUUGUCUCUGGUUCACUCAGAGCAGUUACUUCAACAAUGAAAAUUCCUUUCUCCACUUUUCAAGUUUAACCACUGACCUCUCAGUGUCUUAAAUUUAUUCCUCAGAAAAACAAAAACUGUGAGCACUCAAACUACUAAUAAGGUCACACAUGCCAGCGCCUCAGCAUUUACAGCACGUCCGACAGCUACCCAGGGAGACAAACUGGCAUUAUCUUAUCUACCAUCUACGACAAAGGUUGGUGUCCUGAUUUUCAUCUUGAUUUCUUAUUACCUUUUAUAUCACCUUAAAUUGACUGGUUGCUUAAUAAUGUCUAGAUAUGAUAACCUUAAAGAUUUGCACACUCAUCUAUUAAUUAGCAGUUCUUCUGCCAAGCGUUAUGAAGACUUUAAAUGCAGUGGGCUAGAGGUUACUUUUGGUCACAUGUCUGAGCCAGGCUAAGACUUCAUUAUCCAUCAAAAACCCAAUGCUGUAAGCUUUUAUCCAAGAGAUUGAUUGAAUUGCACAAUGCUAUGGUAACCUUCUUGCACACGCAUCUAGCCUUUGUUAUGUAUGCUAAUGAGGAAUAAGGGAAUUUUUUUAUGCAUCAUAAUUAAUGUAUAGAUACACCGAGUGGGGUCAAAAUUUGGGCAAAAAGUGCUGAUUUACUAAAACAAAUUACAACUCAGUUUGUCUAUUUCCACCUGCAUUUAAGUUUUCAAUAUACUACUUUAUUGCAUGACAGAUAUAGUGACUACAUCUGUAGCAAAGCAUCGUGGGAGAUGUAGUCUACAACAUCUGGAGCGCCAAAGGUUUCCUAGGCCUGCCCUAUUGCAUGUCAUCUAUAGGGUUAAAUAGCAAAUUCAAUAGAAUUUCCUGUGUUGCGUCAAAAUAUAAUUUAAAAAGUUGGAAAAAUGAUUGAAUUUGACCAUUUUAACCAAAUUGUGCAGAUGAGUUGUUUUUCGCCACGUUUAGCUAUUGAGAGGAUAGCUAUAAUUUACAGACAGGUGUUUUUCCCCUUGCUGUUGAUUGCCAUCACUUUGCCAGUUCUUAUGUUGGUAUCUGUUUCCAGCAGAGAUCUGGAGUAAGCACCGUGCCUGGGAUUAGUGCCGCAGAAUGCCAAGCUUCGCCAAUACGCCAGAAGUUUCAGCACCAAGGGCAGACGGCACACGCUCUGAUUCCAGUGAGGAUUAAAAAGACAAGGUAGGCACAGAGAUAAUAUUUGUGUUUGUUAAACGCAAAGCCUUCCAAAGUACACUUUUUGUUUAUACACUGCAAUUAAUCCAAGUGAUCUAAACCCUUAGGCUUAAAGAUGAAAGGUUGAGUGAUGUGAAACACUAUUCUCCCGUUACCUACGAGUUCUCAGAUUUACACUAAAACUAUUUAACAGUGAAACAUAUCCGGCCAAAGUAUAGCAAGGCGAGGAUUUUAUAAAUUCAUUCCUAUGGCUACCAUUUCAAACAGACUGAAAUCUACCUUACUUCAUUUCUUUCUAUGUCCUUUGCUCAAAAAAUACUUUGAAUAAUAGAUUUAAAAGAACAUUUCUUUUUAGUACUUCCUAAAAUCAGAUUUAUUUACUAAACAUUGAACUGCAGUAUUUUUUUUUUUUUCUUCAAUGUAUAAUUUUUUUGGAAAGAUUUUACUUGGAUAUAUGACAAUUGUAGAUUAGGCUAGCUUUAGUGUACCUAUAAUCUUAAUUUUAUUAAUGACAGGAGGUGAGUAUUUGCUUAAGUCUCUCUUUACUAGAACUCCACAGCAGCACAUUAACACAGAGAAAAACCAACCAAUCAGAAAAAAAGUUAGGUACAGUAAAACUCCCCUCCCCACACAUAGCUUCCUCUUUCAAGCUGCGACAAAACAGAACAAAAGGCAGAAAAAACUAUGUAGAGAAAAAUUAGGAUAGCCCUAGGAUAUAAUCAAUGCAGCAACGUCAUCCAUCGAGAAGAAAUGUCAAACAUGGCAACAAGGACGGACUGUCCACUGAAACGAGAGAAACAGAAUCGAAAGGGCUGGUUAGACAAUAAAAUGUACUCUGAAGAAGCAGGCAGGCACCCAGUGUAACAACCAGAAUUACCGUAAUAUACAUAAAUCCCAACCCUUAUAAAGGAGGUGAAACAUGAACAAGUGACAUGUAGCAGAAACAACAAGCAGAGUUUUAUACAUACCUGAUUAUCCCAUACAUCUGACAACUAACCCAACAGGGAAGGGAUGAAAUAAGGAGGGAUAUAUUUGCCUCCUGUCAUUAAUAAAAUUAAGAUUAUAGGUACACUAAAGCUAGCAUAAUCUACAAUUUUAUAACAUGACAGGAGGCUUCAUAUUUGCAGUUUUAGCGCUCAGCCAACAAAUCAAACGAUGCUUGUGUCGCUGGCAAUUAAAGAAAUAAGUCCAGAAUGGACCCUUCAACCGCGAGAUGUGACGGAAGCUUGAUCGAAGAAGAUGCCGGUCCUUGAUGAUCCUCCAAGUGCCGACAAAACGCCAUUAGAUAUGCUGUACUUGGGAAUCUGUGAUCUGGUUCCGUCAGGGAGGUUGAUAUACUGUAAUGCCAACAUGUUGACCAUUCUCAGCCCGACACAAUGUGUUGAAAGGCACUGGCUGGCUUGGGCUUGCUUGACCUUGAUGAGGAUGGCGGCCUCUCCGAUUGUCCAAGGGUCUCCCGUCGAUGUGGGCGCGCAAGAAGUUCUCUAAUCCCCAAGAUGCGCGUCGUCUGAGUCCGCUUUAAUGAUUGGGGCAGGGCAAAAUUGAACCUAUCUGUUCCCCCCUUGAUCCACGCAGCGAGUGGUCUCAACAGAGAAAAAUUCCACCACUCGGGCCAGUGUGCGGAGGGGCCCCUGGCUGCACCCUAGAUGUCUUCGGUACUCAAAGUUGAUUGAGGAAAACUGUGACUGUGGUAGUCAAAGAACUCUUAAAGGGGCUCUAUAGUGCCAGGAAAACAAACUUGUUUUCCUGGCUCUAUAGUGUUAAUAGGUCCCUCCCAUCCUCAGGGUCCCACUCUCACUGGGCUGAAGGGGACUGAAGGGGUUAAAACACCUUUCUCCAGCGCCGGGCUCCUUCCCUCGGAACUCUCCUCCUUCUGCUGACAUCAGCGCCAAAUGCGCAUGCGCGGCAGGAGCCACGUGCGCAUUCAAACCACCCAUAGGAAAGCAUUAUUUAAUGCUUUCCUAUGGAAGUCAGCAUCUUCUCACUGUGAUUUUCACACUGAGAAUCGCGGAAGCACCUCUAGCGGCUGUCAGUGAUACAGCCACUAGAGGCUUGAUUAACCCUCAGUGAAACAUAUGUUUUCUGUUGCAGGGUUUAAACUAGUGGGACCUGGCACCCAGACCACUUCAUUGAGCUGAAGUGGUCUGGGUGCCUGUAGUGGUCCUUUAACCCCUUAAGGACCAAACUUCUAGACUAAAAGGGAAUUAUGACAUGUCACACAUGUCAUGUGUCCUUAAGGGGUUAAGGGCGUGUUUAUCCAGAAUCCCAAGAACCCCACCCUUGGGGCGAGGUGAGGCUGGAUUUCCAUGGUAGGCUGUGAAGCCUUGAGAUACGAACAAGGGGAGUGUAAACAGAGGUUGAAAUCCUAGUCCGAAGGCUUCGUCAUGGAACUAGUGUACAAACAGAAUAGCCAGGGCCAUAGCCACAGUCUGAGCAGGCCAAUAAUGGGGCACAGUCAGAGUAGGUCAAUCCUGGGGCACAGUCAAAGUCAGGCCAAUCCUGGGAGCUGCAACAGGACAGCAAAUCUGAACGCCAACACACGGGGGGCUAUGCUCAUAUAGAUUAGUGACCCCCCAGGUGCAAAUCUAUAUAACCCCCAGCGGAUAUUUCCGAGUGAUGAGAGGGGUGUGGGGUGGGGGAGGGGGGUGGAGGCUGGAGGCUGCAGCUCCCAUGUGGCACCCCUGCUCUCCCCCAUUCGCCCCAGGCACACGCAGGCCGUGGUAAACUCCGGCUGCGGCUUGCGACGGGUAGAAAGGGUGCGGUAAGAGGAGAGAGGCUCCAAUAGGCGUGAGGACAAUAGGCAGCGGGAGCAAAAAGGUGGGGCCGCCGGAGACGGCGCUCGGGAUUGGGGAGGCUGUUAGAAAGUAGUCUCCCGCAAUUCCCGAGCAGAAUAAAGAACCGUAAAACUAGGUAGCCAGCAGGCAGAAGGAGAAACGCAUAGAAAAACAGUGGGUGGUCAGGGAAAAAAACAGAAAAGGAGGGGAAAAUAGCUAAACGCAAAACGGAAUCUCCCUGAAGAAAGAAAAGCAAUAGUCUCCAGAAUAUAGAGUUAUAGAUAACAGGGCACAAUAAUGUGAAUUAAAUAUAGGCACUAACAAAACAAGUUAAAACAAUGAAAGCAGCAAUAUAUAUAUAUAUACACAAUCCCACAGCCACCCACUGAGAGCAGGAGGCAGUGGUACUCUGACCUGUACUGACGUGGAGCAGGAAAGAAAGAUGAAGUUAUGUGUGGGGAGGGGAGUUUUAUUGUACCUAACUUUUUUCUGAUUGGCUGAUUUUUCUCUGUGUUAAUGUGCUGCUGUGGCGUUCUAGUAAAGAGAGACUCAAGCAAAUACUCACCUCCUGUCAUGUUCUAAAAUUCACAGUUCAGUGGCAUGGAUCGUGCUGUAUAACAUGUCAUUUAACAGUAGUGGCAAUGGUAAUAAUUGUAGCAGGUAGUACACGUACUGGUAUCAGGUUAAUGACUGGAUUCUAUCCUGUACAGAAUGCGAUGUAGGCAGAUCACAGGUAUCAACUGAAUCUGGGUACAGCUAUAGAAAUCUCCACGUAGCCACCCAUGUGAACCAUUAAUUGCUAUGUCUGUAUCCUUGUGAGGGGAAGAAGAAGGGGAGAUAGGUGAGAGGAGCCAAGCAUAGCUCGGGGAGAGGAAGGGAAAUUAUACUACGAGGACAAAAGAAAAUGAUAUUAGUUUGGAAGGGUAAAGGUUAUCUAGGAGUAUUGUCUUCCAUUUUAUGAGUCUCGAUCCAGGAAUUGGGUUUCAGUAAUUGUUGUUCAGAUCUGGGCAGAGCCUGCCUGUACCCACCUCACUGUCACCCAAUGCACAGCUACUAUCAUCCAACACCUGUUUGUUGACCUAUGCGUUCAAUUGUGUUUUCCUGACAUCUUUCCAACUGCUCCAGAGUUUUGUGUGUUUGCUCUCGGUGGCUGUCAGUUUGCUAGCCAUUUUUUCAUAUUGAUAUGUAAGUUCGUUUAUUUAAAACCUUACUCUUAGAGGGAACUCGUACUCUCUUCCAGUGAGAUGCUAUGUAGGAUUUGGAUAUUGUGAUAUUGUGGAUAUUGUGUUUCAUAGUACCAACUUCAAGUCUCAGAGAUAGCAGUGUUGUACAUACAGGAAAGUUUGUGUGGUACCAAGUAGCAUCUCAUCAGUACCUUAGUGUUCUCUUCCCAAUGUGACACACUUUUAGAUGAUUGUUUUGUUUGUGUCAUUACCGUCUGCCACACCUCCCUGGUAAACAUUUUUUCCAACUCUCUUUCGCAUGUUAGCAUGUAGGAGAGUUUAUUACUAUCUUCGUGUCCCGUAGUAGAAUUAUAGCAUAAGGACAAUGGUCUCACCUGGCCUGAGGGUUUUAUGCAGUACCUGACAAACAAAGGAAGUGAAGCUUGUUCUAUGUGUGUUUUGCGUUUAGACUGAAUUAUAUGUUUAGUCCUUGAAUCCAUUGUAGUUCCGUAGGGGAUUCUGGUAAAUCGUUCUCUUUAAAAAAAAAUUUUUUUUUUUUUUUAGGUACUCAGGGUUUUCAGUCUCCACUUGCCUCUGCCCCUAGUUGGGUAUGGAGUUUGAAGUGUAACUAUUAUAGGUGCAUGGUUGGACCAGGUCCUCUGUCCUAUGGAAAUAUCAGAGAGAUGUGUUAUGGUGUGCUUGUCCGUCAGGCACAUGUCAAUUCGUGUGUAAGUCAUAAGUACAGGGGAAAAGAACGAGUAGUCCCUGGCCGAGGGGUACAGGCUCCGCCAAGUAUCAUAAGUUGUGUUUAUGCAGUAAUUGUGCCACAUGCUGGCUAAGAGAGAGAGAUGCAGUAGUGGGAUUUUUGUUUCUUAACCUUUUUGUAUCUAAGGUGGGGUCAAGCGUGCAAUUAAAGUCACCGCAGAUGAAAGUAUGACCUUCCCUAAGUUGCGUGGUCUUUUUAAAUGCUUUGGACAGAAAGGACAGUUGGGAGUCGUUAGGGGCAUACAGAGAGGCCACUGUGAUUUGCAGACCAUUUAGAGGCCCUGAGGGUCAUGGUAUUCAGUGUCUGGUUGGAACACACAGUCUCUGUGGAAGAGUAUGGAAGCGCCUUUAGUUUUAUUGGGAGAAAGAGCGUGGAAUACUUGGGGAUAUACUUUAGAAGAGAAGUUUGGUGGGUUGUAUUUACAGAGGGUUGUUUCUUGGAGACAUAUUAUGGCAGCUGUUGAUUUAUGUAUGUCUUGCAGGGUUAACAUUCGUUUAUUAGGGCUGUUCAAACUCUUAACAUUAACAUUCCCAUAGCGUGCUGCGGAGCUUAUCAUGAGUUAACUUAGGGGGUCUCUUUAACUGGAAGGAGACCCCAUUCCUGGCAGAUAGGGGCUGAGUAUGUAGGAAGGUUUGUUUAAGCAAAAAAAAUACUUUAACCAUAUUUAACAAUGGGGAGAGAAGGGAUAAACAAAAGUAUAUACAUAUCAUUCUUAGAGAAAAUGGUAACCUUUGUGGCUGAACAUGGAGCCGGCGCAAAGUAUGUCCACUCCCAAACAUUCAGCUCAAGGGGUACGUACCAAUCCGAUUCCCUGACCUUAUCAGACAUAAUUUAAUAUAUCAAGAGUUGAGGAACUUGUUACAGCUAACACAAUUAUUAUUAUUAUUUUUUUCGUCAUAACUUGUUGUGGCAUAGGAUGGUUCCUAUAUGACUCAGUCAAACUAUAUGUGGGUCAGUUAUCUAACCGUCCCCCGCCAAAUCUCCACGUCACGUUAUCGUGAGGGCCUGGAUGGGGACGGUUUCCUAGUAGGGGAUUACCUGUACAGCCAAUACCACCAUAUUAAACUUCUGUUAAAACAUAUUGUGUGAGAAUAAUACGCUAUUUGAAUUAACACAGAGUUGGUAUAUGCAAUUAUGUUAACUAAUAUCAUGCACCUUCUAUUAUAACCAGUUAUAUAUAUGCAUUAUAUAGUGCAUUGACAGGCAGAAAUAUACAGGGGCCUGGCGGCCGGCUACCAGUCCUGUGUGCGGUAUGGGUUGCAAUGAAAAAGUUCCCCUUAAUUACUUGUUCUUGAGUUUGCCAUCUGCCAUUCCCCUUGCAUAUGCUUCGGUGAGGAUUUCUGUUGAUCGCCGCAGCUCUCAGUAAGCCCCAAUCUGUCAGCAGCUUGGCUCCAUCCUCUGGUUCUAAGAUGACAUGGGAACUGCUGUUUUUCCAUAUCAGGAUCUUUGUGGUAUAUCCCCACCUGUAUUGUAUGGUGUGAUUCCUGAGAGUCUUUGUGACGUUGACAAACUCUUUCCUCCUGGCCAUUGUCGCAGCAGACAGAUCUGCGAAGAUGGAGAUGUGCUGGUACGGUUCCGGUAGUGAUGGGAGUUUCCGUGCAGCCUGAAUAAGCAAGUCUUUGGGCUUGAAAUAUUAAAAGCGGACAAUAGUGUCCUUUGGGGUAUCGGCUGAGAAGCGUGGUGGACGGGGCAAUCGAUGGGCAUGAUCGAUCAUCCAUGCAAGUCUUUCAAGCCUGGGACAAUUGCGCAGCACAAUGCUUAAAAAUAAGUAGGUAACUCUUCAUUAGGAAUCUUUUGUCUUUGAUCCCUCUAAAUCUGACGUUAUUACGCCUUGCCCUGUCUUCCACAUCAGCCAUAUGGCCGAUGGGCACGAUCCAUCAUCCAUGCGAGUCUUCCAAGCCUGGGACAAUUGCGCAGCAUAACACUUUCAAAUAAAUAGGUAGCUCUUCAUAAGGAAUCUUUUCUCUUUGAUCCCUCUAAAUCUGAUGUUAUUACGCCUUGCCCUGUCUUCCAUAUCGGCCAUUUUGUGUUUGAGGAACUUGUGCCCUGUGGCAAAGCUCUGGAUUUUGUCCACUGCCUCAUUGUGAGCCGCCAUAGAUCUUCAGUUCUAUUUUCUAGAUGGUUGAUUCUGUCACCUAUUUCAUCCAGGUCUUUGCACAUAUCAGCUGUAAGCUCUUUAAAAUCUUUUUGCAGUGUGUGCGCCUUAGAUGCUGUCUCCUCAACGUCACUGGCUCAUCCGAGUAUCGGGCCGAUGUGAGGUCUUGAUCAGGCAGGCCUUCUGAUGUAGGCGAUGGGGCCUGUGCCUCGUCGCCAUCUUGAAUAGGUUUUUGGGGCUCUUUUUUAGAAUUCCGAAUUGGGUCAGUUAGCUUUAGUUGUUUGGAUGGUGCCAUAACAGACCUGUGUCCAGUGGAUGUUCACUGUCCGUCCUGGUCAAAUUUAUAUGAAAAUUCUGUAUGACGCUUCUAUGGUCAGAUAGGACAAGGAGCUCUCACUCCAUGCGUCCUCUGACUCGGAAGUUGGCCACGCCCCCGAACUGCAGUAUUUUAAAGGAAUGCUACAAAGGAAAAAUGUGUAUUUCAUAGAUAUACCCCAAUCAGAACAAAUGCAUUCAUUAAAGGCUGUAUUUUGUUAUUGUGUGUACAUCUGAAAACAGCUUGCAAAACCUGCAGAUCUGCAGCAUUUGCAAGUCCUCUCCUUCUUCCCGGGAGAAUGACCAAUAAGAAUCUUCUCAUUGAGCUGAAAUUUCAAGUUCACGGAAGGGGCUAAAGUAGGCUCUAUGGGUGCACGGUGACAGGUAAACCUAUACUUGGGGGAUCAGGCAGGCAUUCUAUAGCAGAUAACAACGGACACUUCCAUCAGGAAGAAAUGCUUCCUGGCUGUCUGAUUGACAGCCAGGUAGGUGUUUCUGAUAUUAGUAAUAAAAGUGAUGAUUUCAAAUAUAUGCCUUUUGUAUGUAAAGACUUCAGGAAGCUGUAGUGCCUUAUGUAUGUAGUGUUUGCCUAGAUCAGGGGUUCCCAACCCAGUCCUCAAGUAUCCCCUACCAGUCCAGGAUUUAGAGAUUACCCUGUUGUGUCUAAAGUGUUUUUUUUCUUCCUUUUUUACUAAAAACACUUAAAACACAAACGGGUACUCCCUAAAUCCUGGACUGGUAGGGGGUACUUGAGGACUGGGUUGGAAACCAAUGGCCUAGAACAAUCAAAUUGCAAAAUUUAGGUCAAAAUUGCUGAUUUGGAUAAUUUAGCAAUUUGGUUUACAAUACACUCUUUAGUGAAUAAUCCCAAUGGAAUUGAAAAUAUUUUAAUGCUUUCAUGCUUAGCUCACAGCCAAAGCCAACCCAAUAAUGGCUAAUCCAAGCAGAACGAUGUUCUAAGGGAACGACUUAUAAUCUUUUGGAAUACUGGACACAAUCAAAACCUGAUUUUCACACUUUAGAAAAAAAAAACGACCAGUUACUUUAAGAUAGGUCAGAGCCCGAGCUGUGAAUGCUGAAGUCAUUUUCUCAAGUAUCUGUGAAAUUCCUCUAUCAUUCAGAAAAAUGUGAUUAAGUGUAAAAGGCAACAGCAAGUUCUAAUUCAAAAUACAUCACGCCAAUGACAAACUGUUGAAGAUGUCCUUUUUGUUGCUAACCCUAUCACUUUUUAUUCAUGUAAAAGGUUGAAACUGUUGGAUUCAGAGAAAAAAAAGACUUUAUCUUCCCCUGAAGGCUGUUUUCAUAUAUCAGGUAGGAGGCUAACUCCCAGUCCAAACAUUUGUUAAUAAACAUUUAUCAUUCUGAGACGGCAUGAAGGGCACUUUGGUCGCUCACAGAUUCACACCUAGAUGACAGUAGAAAUUCUCAUGCAAGUUUUGUCAUUUCAUUAUACAAUGGUUUAUAAUUUUAACAUAUUGUAUGAAUCUGAUCGUGUCAUCUACAUUUGACUGAUUUACUUCAAACAAAAUAAAAAGGAUGGAUAAGUGGGUCCUCCUUCAUUACUGGCAGUCUUAAGGAAACAUGAGUUGUAGAUACAAGUGUUACAUCAAAGAUCAGUGGAACCUUGUCACAAACUGUGUACUUAAAACUGUACUCUAGUUAAACCACAGGUAGGGAAGCCUAACAUCCAGUUGAUCUAUGUAGAUAUAAUAGAAAUUGAGAGGAAUACUAAUUAAUGCCCUCCCACCUCUUGAACAUACCUUAGUGAGCUGUGAGAUUUUGGUAACUGAUGGAAAUAUAAGAUCAAUGCCAGCAUAGUUUAAACAGAUUUAGGAAAUCUUAUCUUUAAAGGAUCAGUAUAGUGUCAGGAAAAUAAAUCGGUUUUCCUGACACUUUAGUGCCCUGAGGGUGCCCCCAGUCUCAUGGUUCCCCUCCCGUGGUGCUGAAGGGGUUACUCACCUUCUUCCACCGCCGGGCUCCCUUACCUCUCCUCCCCCGCCGUCAGCUCCCGCGGCAUUGUUGCGCGUGUGCGCGCGCAUUCAAAGUGUCCAUAGGAAAGCAUUUCUCAAUGCUUUCCUAUGAACGCUCUGCGUAAUGGAGGUAUAAUAUGCCUCCAGCGUCACAGAUGUGCCUCUCGUGGCUGUCCGGAAGAGAGCCACUAGAGGCUGGCUUAACCCCAAAUGUAAACAUAGCAGUUUCUCUGAAACUGCUAUGUUUACAGUAGGCAGGGUUAACCCUAGAGGGACCUGGCACCCAGAUCACUUCAUUAAACUGAAGUGGUCUGGGUGACUAUAGUGUCCCUUUAAAUCCGUUAUUUUAUCUACCUGACGUUACUUUAGAAGUUUUGUUGAAUUUUGAAUCGAAUCAUUUCAAAACAAAUGUCAUUUUCAAAGCUUAGUAUCCCUUUAAUAAUAUGGUAUUAACCACCCCUGUAAUUUUAUUUUAAGUGGUUUGAUAUAUGAAUAUAUAUAGAGAGGACAAUAAAUAAGGUAUAUUUUGUUAAUAGUUUUCUCUGUGUGUAGGAAACAAACAUGCAUGUUUCAUUUACCACGGGAGACCACUUAGCAAGCAGCCAGCUCUGACCAGUCCAUACCAACUGUCCGCUAAACAGCCAUAUUCAUCUGCGUUCUUAAACAAGAAAGAACCCAGCCAUCCAAAAAGGUGAGAUCAUUUGUGAAUUAAAAUGACUAAACAUUUACAGUGACACCAUAAAUAUGUCUCUUUUAACCAGUAGCAGGAAAAGUGCGGGACAAAAUAGGGGCAUUCUAAAGAGCUGGAAUCAUUAGCCAUUAGAAUCUUUACAAAGGUACAAUCCCACAAUGCAUUGUGGCUUUAAUAUAGUCAGCAGCCCAGCUCUGCACAGUUCUGUUUGUCAGUAUUCAAUCAACAUGUUUACUAGCACCAGAUAUUGAUAAAAUACUGUAAAGAGCUCCUAUGAAUGAUAGUUCCUCUAUUCUUUGUGUCUGAGAUGUAAAAUUAGCUCUAGCCCAAAAGAGAAGAUCUUAUAGAAUGAACUCUGUGUGUAAAGCACCCCAACAUUUUAUAGAAACAUUGAGAGUUUGAAUGAAACAUUUAUUUUAUUUUUAACUACUUGUAAUACUCAUCCAAUAGCUUUAUGUCAUAUUCUAUCCCUCUCACAAAAGAGAAAAUAUAAUUUUUCAAGUAAUUUUUUAAAUAUCUUCGUAGGGUGAAGCAACCAAAGCCUGCUACGUUUCCAAAGAAGGACACAGAAAGUAAUCUAGCUAUCCAGCAGAUAAAUGACUUGGUUCUGGAAGAUUAUAUUAAUUCUGUUUCUGAGACCAGCCAAAAAUCAACUAAUGAAGAUUCAGUUCAGUCUGGGAGUAACCAAGUGAAGAUUUUUGAAGCUAAUAUAAAAACUGAUGAUAAUUAUGUCUCCAAAAUACCUCAAGACGUCAGCUAUUCUUUACAAGAGUUCCAGAAAGGAAAUGGCCAACCCCUGCACAAUUCGAGAUUUUCUGCUGGUUACCUCACACAGACUCCGGAAACUCAUGCUUGUUCAGUCAAAGUGCCUCAAAAAGCCAUCGAUCGCUCGUUUGGAGAGCAAAAAAUUAUUCAGGAACCCACAGUGUCUUCUUUCCAGGAGCUUCAGAAUGUCUAUGAUAAUUAUUUCAAGAAACUUCAGACUUCUAGUGCUUCUUCUUCUACAAAGCUUCUGAAUUCAAGUGCUCCUUCUUCCCUAGGGCUUCAGAAUUCCAGUGCUUCUUCCUCUACAAAACUUCAGAAUUCCAGUGCUUCUUCCUCUACAAAACUUCAGAAUUCCAGUGCUUUUUCCUAUACAAAGCUUCAGAAUUCCAGUGCUCAUUCCUCUAAAGAACUUCAGAAUUCCAGUGCUCUUACCUCUCUAGAGCUUCAGAAUUCCAGUGCUCCUUCUUCCACAGAGCUUCAGAAUUCCAGUGCUCCUUCUUCCACAGAGCUUCAGAAUUCCAGUGCUCCUUCUUCCACAGAGCUUCAGAAUUCCAGUGCUCCUUCUUCCACAAAGCUUCAGAAUUCCAGUGUUCCAUCCUCCACAGAGCUUCUUAAUUCCAGUGCUCUUUCCUCUCUAGAGUUUCGGAAUUCCAGUGCUCAUUCCUCUAAAGAACUUCAGAAUUCCAGUUCUCUUACCUCACUACAGCUCCAGAAUUCCAGUGCUCCUUCUUCCACAGAGCUUCAGAAUUCCAGUGUUCCAUCCUCCACAGAGCUUCUUAAUUCCAGUGCUCUUUCCUCUCUAGAGCUUUGGAAUUCCAGUGCUCCUUCCUCUAAAGAACUUCAGAAUUCCAGUGCCCUUACCUCACCAGAGCUUCAGAAUUCCAGUGCUCUUACCUCACCAGAGCUUCAGAAUUCCAGUACUCUUUCCUCUACAGAGCUUCAGAGUUCCAGUGCUCUUACCUCACUUGAGUUUCAGAAUUCCAAUACUCUUUCCUCCCUAGAGCUUCAGGAUUCCAGUGCUCCUUCCUCUACAGAGCUUCAGAAUUUCCCUGCUUCUUCCUCCACAGCGCUUCAGAAUUUCAGUGCUCCUUCUUCCACAGAGCUCCAGAAUUUAAGUGUUUCUCACUCCACAGAGCUUCAGAAUGCUAGCACUUCUUUCAAAGAGCCGAAGGAAGCUAUCAAUAAUGAGCCUUGGGGGAGUGUACAAACUAGAACAUCACAAGAAGUCCAACAGAAUAUAUCAGUUGAGAAAGAAGUAUUAGCUGGACACCAUGUCAGAGAGAGUACACAGGUGGAUGCCAUUUUAACUCAUAAGAUUACAGAGUGUGCCUAUGCACAUGUGUCAGGGGAGGAUGAGGAGCACAGAACAGACAUGAACCGAAAGGUCUGGUCAUGUCAAACAGCACAAACCUCUACUACUCUUGAACAAGGCAUCGGUACUGAGAUGGGUGAGGAUGACGAUUUAAGGGUGAAAACGAACAUUCACUCUACAAAAACAAGGAUAGCUACAGAAAUUCCUGUCAACACCAUACCUAGAGACAAUAAUAAUAAUUCAGGUCAGAAUUCAAUAAAAUACUCAAUCGAAAAUCAUUGUACAGGCUGUAUAGUGGACGGUAGUCAGGUUUUUGUGCCAAAUACAGACUGUGGCGUAGCUCAGAUUUCAGAGGGUUUGGUACAAAAUCCAGAAUUAAAUAGGGAACUAAAAAGAGAACUGGAGUCUUCCAAGAAUUCUGUAAUAAAAAAUGAAAACCAUUGGUCACAUCAAAGUGAGGUCAUCAGAAAAAGUCAAGGCGUUCUGGUGCUGACAAGGAGUACAGAGGAAAAUGCAGUGUUUAUCCCAAAACUAAAAUUUGAAUUCACACCAGACAACAGCAUUGACUAUUCAUUAAUCAAUCUGCCUAAGGGCUGCCAGGGCAAAGGCAGAGCAAAAGGGAGUGACUUACUGAAUAUGAGACCAUAUACGCCUCAUGGCCCCUCAUUCAGCAAGAGCAUUCUGAAGAGGUCAUCUGCGCUCCCAAGUCACAGUCCUUCUACAGUGUACAAGGGCCCACUCUCAUCCAGCAAUGAUGGCACCUCACGUAGACUUUAUGAGAUGAGUAAUACAUCAGGCCCUCUCUAUGGGAUAGUGGAUCUAUCCCUUUCAUUCAGAAAUAACUUGCCAGAAGAGGUGAUUCCUCCAGAUAUUCCAAAAAUACUAAUUCCAGAUGAGGAUGACGAUAGUUAGAGUAUCUAACAUGAGUCACUCCCCCCUCCCCGGAUCUUUUUUUUUUUUUUAAAGGCGCACUGUAACGUUAGACAUACAGAUACUGUAUUCCUAAUGCUAUAGUGCCCCCCUCCCGGUUUGUCAUAAAAAUAUAAAAAAUUAAGUUUUUUUACUUACCUUUUACAGCCCCUAGGUUGCUGCUCACCUCUCCUCCUCCUCCCGCAGCAUCAUAGAGGAGGCGUGGCUGAUUCUGGUGAUGGUCCAAUCCAAUGCUUUUAGAGGAGUAUUAGUUAACUGAUUUGCAUCCGCUGCUUGUCAUGUGAAAGCAUUGCAUCCAAUGUUAUCCUAUGAGCUGCAACAUCACGUGACUGAGUUUUACUCUGCCAGUACAGCAGAAGUAACUAGAAGCAUGUUGAACCCUUCAAGGUAAACAUUUUUUUUUUUUUUUUUAAUGGCCAUAUUUUACCUUGGAGGGUUAAACUUACAGGACCACUGCACACAGAGCACUUUAUUGACAUGAAGUGGUCUGAAUAACUUUAUUGGUCAUUUAAGGUGGAUGGUGCCUAAACAUUUUGAUUUCAGGGAGUAGUAUAAUGGUCCAAUAACUAUAGUUUGCGUUUCUAACAGAAUCUUAAAUAAAAGUAUUAAACACAGUGAGGGUUAUGUAUUAAAAGUGUCUGUAAUGAAAAGUGGUGCAACAUGGAAUAAGGGUAGAAUCACCAAUUCAUUGUGCCUGCUUUUCACAGGUUUUAUGGUGGGCACCACACUUUUAGUACAUUAAAGAACAGAAGACUUUUUAUACACAACCCCAAUGUAUCACGUAUUUCUGAAACAGGAGUGUCACAUGCCUCGGUCUUAGGAACCCUAGAUUUUGGCACCUGUUUCUCUCAUUAAGCGAGAUGAUGUUCCUUUUGUUAAAAACCAUCCACACGUGGACAGAGCAGAUCUGAUUCUACAUCUAAUUUCGGACACAAACCGGUAAAUAAUGUAUAGGAGUAUAGGAUAUCCCCCCACCUCUUUAUUACAUGAUGUCACUGAUUUGAUACAUUCCAGCCCCUACAGUAUUAAUCUAUGGAAAUAUUUGACAGCAGAGCUAAAUUAAAAGAAUGCACAAUAAAGCCUGUAAUAAAAAACCCUAUGUAUACACUGUGUUAAAAUAUGUAUAUUUUCAGUAAAUUCUCUGUUCUAGUAAUCAUGUUGUGUGUAUUGAGCACAAGACUCGUACCCACCAUUGUCUUCAUGUUACAAUUGCUCAGAGAUAUUGUGAAUGGAGCCGUCUGACAGCGUUAUUUACUAACGUGAGAACUGUCAGGAGUAGAACUUCAAAUUUAAGGCCCAUAUAAGUGUAAACAUUCUCCAAUUCAGCUACGCUUGUCGUUCAGCUACUAUGACACUAAAUGUUACAUUCACUGUGAAUACCUGUACUUCUUACUUUGCUAAAUAACCCUGUGUGUAUGGCAUUUGAAGACAAUUUUUGUUUUUAGGUGAGGCAGAAUCCUCAUCCCCUCCCUAAAAAAACCUAAAACAGUCCCGCAGAAUGUAAUUACUAAGUGACCAUGGCUGUAAGGAGCCAUUCAUAUUGCCAAUAGUUGAAGGUGAGGUUGUGUGCUCUGCUUCCUCAGGGAUGUGGAAUUUAUAUCGCCUGACACCCCAGAUAUGCAGUUCUGGGCAAGCAGUUUUUCUAUUCUUUUAGCCUUGGCAAAGGGAUGUAGUAUGAAUGCACUGGAAGGACUGCGCAUAUAGCCAGCUGGGGCCGCACUAGGCUGCUAAGCAUGGGGAGGUGCGAGGAGAAGCAGUCGCUUAUCGCGAUGCACAGAGCUAACGGCCGAAGGGAUACAGCAGGACAUCAUAUCCAACAAAUGGCACUCUGG